CCAUUAGGCUGUCGCGCCCUCGCAUCUGCUGGGCAUCCCUGUGGAACGGCUCGGAGCCCCAGCUCUGGCUUCUAUGAACUCUGGUUCUCCAGGCAAGUAAACCCCAAGGAGUACUGACCAGUUCUUGAAUUUCUAAACUAUGGCCCAUGGAUCAGUGAUAUUCAAUGAUGUGUCCAUAGUCUUCUCUAAGGAGGAAUGGGAAUACCUAGACUUGGAACAGAGGAAUCUAUACAGAGAUGUGAUGUUGGAGAACUACAGCAACUUAAUCUCAUUGGGAUGCUUCAUUUCUAAACCAGUUGUGAUUUCCUUAUUGGAGCAAGGGAAAGAGCCCUGGAAAGUUGUGAGGAAAGGAAGAACACUAUAUCCAGAUUUGGAGACCAGGUAUGAGACUAAGAGGUCAUCUUCAGAAAAUGACAUUAAUGAAAUAAACUUAUUCCAGUGCAAGAUAAUGGAAAGAAUGAACACCAAUGGCCUUAAGAAUCUAAUUUUAAAAAAUAACUGGGAGUCCAAAAGGAAAUUUGAAGGACAAGAGGGAUAUUUUGGUCAAGUGAAAAUUACAUCUCAAAAAGCGUCCUCUUACCAGAAACCUACAUCUCUUACUCCACAUCAGAGAAUUCAUUUUGUUGAGAAACCCUAUGAAUGUAAAGAAUGUGGGAAGGCCUUUAGAGUACGCCAACAACUUACUUUUCAUCAUAGAAUUCAUACUGGUGAAAAACCUUAUGAAUGCAAGGAAUGUGGGAUGGCCUUUAGACAGACUGCCCACCUUACUCGACAUCAGAGACUUCAUUCUGUUGAAAAACUCUAUGAAUGUAAGGAAUGUGGAGAAUCUUUCAUAUAUGGCCCAGACCUUAGAGCACAUCAGAAAAUGCAUAUUGGUGAGAAGCCCUAUGAGUGUAAGGAAUGUGGGAAGGCCUUCAGAGUGCGUGGACAACUUACUCUCCAUCAGAGAAUUCAUACUGGUGAGAAACCCUAUGUAUGUACAGAAUGUGGAAAGGCCUUUAGACAGUAUGCACACCUUACUCGACAUCAGAAGCUUAAUAUCGCUGACAAACUUUAUGAAUGUAAAGAAUGUGGGAAGGCCUUUUUGUGUGGUUCUGGCCUUAGAGUACAUCACAAACUUCAUACUGGUGAGAAACCUUAUGAAUGUAAAGAAUGUGGAAAGGCCUUUAGAGUGCGACAACAACUAACACUCCACCAGAGAAUUCAUACUGGUGAGAAACCCUAUGAAUGUAAGGAAUGUGGAAAGACCUUUAGUCGUGGUUAUCAUCUUAUUCUUCAUCACAGAAUUCAUACUGGUGAGAAACCGUAUGAAUGUAAAGAAUGUUGGAAGGCUUUUAGCCGUUAUUCACAACUUAUUUCACAUCAAAGCAUUCAUAUUGGUGUUAAACCCUAUGACUGUAAGGAAUGUGGGAAGGCCUUUAGACUACUCUCACAACUUACACAACAUCAGAGUAUUCAUAUUGGUGAGAAACCUUAUAAGUGUAAGGAAUGUGGGAAGUCCUUUAGAUUGCGCCAAAAACUUACUUUACAUCAGAGCAUUCAUACUGGUGAAAAACCCUUUGAAUGUAAGGAAUGUAGGAAAGCCUUUAGACUUAAUUCAUCCCUUAUUCAACAUCUGAGAAUUCAUUCUGGUGAGAAACCCUAUGAAUGCAAGGAAUGUAAAAAGGCUUUUAGACAACAUUCACACCUUACCCAUCAUCUGAAAAUUCAUAAUGUAAAACUAUAAGAAAGUCUUUUCAGUCUUGUGUUGUAGAACACUAUGAAUAUAGUAAUUCCUUUUGCUUCAUACAAACAACUGACUUGGCAUCAGAAGUUUUUACAUAAUUUUUUUUUCAAGUGUGGUAAUUUAUUCUACCAUUACUCAAACCCGAUAAACACCACAUUCAUUCUAAAAACUAAUCUUAUUAAUAUAACAAAUGUGGGAACACUUAACUCUAUCUCAUCACUUUCCUACUUGUUUUAUAUUGAACAAGAUGCCUAACUGCUCUGUUACAAUUUAUUCUUUUGUAAAAUGGUAAUAUAGUCAGAGUAAAAUUACUGCAAAUUCAAAGAUAUUUGUCCCACCAAGAGGUGGAAGUUACAUCCUUUCCUUUUGCAUCUAUCUGGCCCAGACCUUAGACCAAAAUGCAUAUUGGUGAGAAGCCCUAUAUUCUACUUUGACCAGUAGAAUAUAGUAGAAGUACUGCUGUGCCAGUUUCUGGAUCCAGAUUUUACUGGUACAUUUUACUUCAUCUUUUGGCAUGCUCUCUCAAGU